AUGCUGGGUGAACGUAGGGGUGAAGAAGAUACGGAAACAGACACCCAAAUGUACGCCACCUCGGAUGUAAGUGAUACUGAUGAUGAAAAUAUGCUCAUGUGCUGCUUAGCUACCCAUAGCAUUAUCAAAAUUGUUUAUAUAUAUAGGUUGCUGAGAGUGAACAACAAUCUCCACAUACAUGUAGUAGCAGUAUAGAAGAAGACCUGGCUAAUCCAACUUGCGUCACUAGCAUGCGGUAAGUCGACCCGACGUUUUAUAAAGUAUACCAACGACGCAAUUAUUCAUACUUUGAUACUUAUAUACUAUAUAUACUAACAAAACCGACUUAUUUACCGAGACCUCGGGAAAGCAGUGUAUUUUGUUGUCCAUCGACAUUCAUUGUUGGGUCCAGAAAACACACUGUUUCCCUCAAUCUUUUGUAAAUAAGUGAUACAUAUUUCUAUUGUCAUCCAAACGUGCCUGCACUUUUGCAGGGAAGUGGUUCGCUAACACGUAAACAUUUCGGAACUCACAACUGUCUCGUAUAAACUUGCAGCUCCGGUAAGCUGUUGCAACUCAUAAUUCGCAACUUCACAGCUCGCAAAUUACCCGUUCUCAUAAAUUAAAAAGUCAUUCACUUUCAUGUUGUGUCCAGAGGGAAAUACGUCAAAAAUGUUCGUUUUAACAAGGGUAUAGAACAAGCUGUGGACCACAUGCAUAAAGUGUUUGAAAUGCCCGCCAAUGCCGUAACAUAGUGAGAGUCCGUAAUAGCAAGAGUUAUUUCAAUACAUUUUAAAGUGGUUUCUGCAGGGAAUUUACGAACUGUUUUUAAAAUAGCGGAGUGUAGCGCGGUGUCCGCAAGACAAGACUUAAUAAAUAAUAACUUGAUAAAUAACUUUUUAUAGAACGCCAACAAUUACAGUUCUAUCUGAUUCCGACGAUAGUAGCGAGGGAAACGAUGUGCCAAUAGAUAAGCCAGCCCGCAGAAAACGGUAAGUUAAUUGUAGUUAUUGCCCUCAGGAAUGUUAAUUGCUAAUUGAGGAUAGUGAGGGACCGGUCAUUAAUUACAGGGGAGGGAGGGCUGAUGGAAAAAGAGGGGGGGGGUCAUAUUUUUGUGCAUAAAAAAGGGGGAGCAACAAACCCCGUCGUACCAUAAAACCUACAAAUAAAAAAUAGAGAGCAGUAUAACUGAAGUAAAUUCCAACACAACACCAUUUAUUAAACUGAUUUUAACAUGAACAUGUAUAUUGGAACAGCCGUUGACUCAAUAAAUGGUAAAGAAUAUAUAAAUUACGAUACAUGUAUAUAGGGCAUAUAGUUGUCAACUCUCACGGAUUCACCAUGACUGCGUGAGCAUCAAGGAUUUUACUAAAACCUCACGGUGAGCUCACGGCUUGUUAAUAUCUCACGGAUUUCGAAAAUAACCUAUGGUUAAAUAGUUCUUAAAUAUGUUGGACAUUUUAACUUUAAUUUGUUGCACAUUUUAACUAUUAAGGUGGCUCAAUACAGUUUUUUAAAAAAAUAAUCAGUAAAUUAAAAAAAGUUAAAUUAUUUAAUUUAACUCGUAAACAACAUCUGUGGCCCAAUCUUACCCUGUGUUAUUAAUUACGUUAUAUCUUUAUACAAAUAGUAUAUUGAAAAUCAUUAGCCUGAAAAUCCUGUGUUAUUAAUUUAUUAAGUUAUAUCUUUAUAUAAUAGUAUAAUGAAAAGCACUUACAUGUGUUUCUUGAAAUAUUUUAACGAGAACCGGCCAAGAUUGGCGUUGACAAGAGGUUAACGGCCAUAGUUUGGGUUGACAUGAAGAUUAACAGCAAGAAAUAAUACAAGGCUGGUCACUUUGACCGUUAAUUGCACUAAUUCGGACAAACGCCGACAGAAAUCAAUCGAAUAACGCCAACUUCGGCUGUCGCAUCCUGGACAAAUUACGUUACAUCGGAAGAGCGAUAAUUUUUACAUAAUAUACUUUUCUUUAACAAAAUUGAACAAUAAUCUUCCUGCAGAAAAUGCCAAUUGAAACUUGCAAAUGUCUAAUCUUACGAGGUUCGUCACCGAUCUGAAUUCAUGGCCUUCAAAUUCGAAUUACACGCUGCAUUGUCAUUGGUCGGCUUUCAAAACAACAACAGGACAUUUCCGGUAAGACAGCGAACGUUUGGUGAGUUAGUGAAUGGCUAGCCUCCUUCGCAAGUGAUCGAAUGGCCUGUUGUUGUUUUGAAAGCCGACCAAUGACAAUGCAGCGUGUAAUUCGAAUUUGAAGGCCAUGAAUUCAGAUCGGUGACGAACCUCGUAAGAUUAGACAUUUGUAAGUUUCAAUUGGCAUUUUCUGCAGGAAGGUUAUUGUUCAAUUCUGUUAAAGAAAAGUAUAUUAUGUAAAAAUUAUCGCUCUUCCGAUGUAACGUAAUUUGGCGAGGAUGCGACAGCCGAAGUUCGCGUUAUUCGAUUGAUUUCUGUCAGCGUUUGUCCCAAUUAGCGCAAUUAACGGUCAAAGUUACCAGCCUUGUAUUAUUUCUUGCUGUUAUUAAUCGACAGCUUGCUUGACAGGGUAAGAUUGGGCCGCCUGUGGUCACACGGGAAAUCCGUGAGAGUUGGAAGCUCUGAAAUUUUAUUUUAAAUAAUGAUUUCUCUUGGUAUAAUCAAAAAAGUUGACCAUCUAACUGAGCUCUUUCCCGAUUUCUUUAUUUAGAAAUACAGGAGAAUUUUACAAUGGUAACGAGUCAUUACCUGUGUUUGAUUGGCAACCAAUGGAUAAAACUCCAGCAGAGAUUCUGAAAAUAUUGCUAAAGCCAACUGCAGAUAUCAGAACAUGCAAAGCUCCACCAAACAACAUUUCACACAAUGUUUGCUUCCUUCUUGAUACCUCUUAUCUAGUGUCACAAAAUGACUGGAAAUGUGACGAUAUGGGUGCUUGGACGAAUAAUGGAGUCAAACGUAUCCAGCUUGCUUUGCGAACUGAUGGAGACAUUGUUCCGGUGGACAGUCCAUUUGAGGGAUACACAUUGAAGAGAGUAUACUACAAAAACAAAUCUUCGCCAGAUUUGAAAAAGGUUGUGUCAUCUUUACAAGGUAAGAAAUAUUAGUCGAAUUGCGCGUAAUUAUUCGGUUGUGUGUAAUUGUAUUGCAACAAUUAUUUGUGAACAACAAGUGAUGAAAUACUAAAAUUUUCGUUGCGGACACUUUCUGCAAGCAUGCCUUUAUUCAAUUACACCUCGCAUAAAAAGAACCAUUGUGCUAAAAGCUAUCAGCCUAAGUUUCAUACAAUUGCUUAAAAGCACGCAAAAUACAAGACCACUUUAGGCUGACAAGUUAUAAAAAAGUACUCAAUUUAUAUGAAAAAAAAAGUCAAAAAUGAAUAAAAGUUAAAAAUGAACGGCAUUAGAUAAAACACAAAAAUACAUUUAUUUUGAAAUGCAUCGCAAUUUUUUAUUAUCAAGGUUACGAAGUUUGUUCAAAGGGCUCAUCUUUACGUGAAGAGACACGCAAUUUUUAUUCCUUUUUCCUCGGUGGAUAACGUAUUGUCUCCCUCUCGAAUUCUCGCGCGCGCUGUUGCGAGGGAAACAGAAUAAUGAAAAAAUAUAAAAAUGGAGCUUUGACGAUCGGUAUAUAAUAAUAGUAGAAAUGCUGUGCUGAGUGGUUAUAUUACUACCUUAAAAAAUAAGCAGAAACUCGACAUUUCGAGCGAAGGCCCUUCGUCAAGAGUUGGUAGCCUGCUUAUUUUUUAAGGUAGUAAUAUAACCACUCAGCACAGCAUUUCUACAUUGGUACUACCUACACUGGUACAGACAGUUUGAGUAUAUUGUAGUGUAUUUUGUCGUUCUUUACACCUAUUGUUGUACACUUUUUUCGUACAUUUUAGGAUAUCCCAAUUCAAUCUUCUUUCAAUAUAUGUUCGAUGGGAUAGAGCAUCAAGUAACACCAGCUGCUCACGGAAAUAACAAACGACAACACACCCCGGCCUACACGAGGACGAAAGAGAGCACCGUUGAGGAACUACGCAGUGCAGCAUCGUCCCAAGCACCAAAAGCAGCUUACCACACGGUUCACAAAGAAAAAGGUGGAAUUUUGCACGCGUCAUCGAUAAGCGAUCUCCCAAGAAAUCGUGACCAGGCAAAAUAUGCAAGGAGAGGACAUACAAUUUCCACAAACUUUGAACACAUUGAUUCCCUUGCGAUUUUGCUAGAACAAUGUAAGCGACAGCAAAUUAAUCGCGACGAGCUUCCGUUUAUCAGAGAAGUAACUGGAGCCCCUGAAUUGCGGUGUGUUUUAGGUUUUGACUGGCAACUACAUGAUAUAGCUACGUUUUGCACUGACCCAGAAGAGUUUUCAAUAUUCGGUGCCGACCCGACCUUUAAUCUGGGCAGAUUUAACGUCACGGUGACCUCGUACCGUAAUCUAAAAGUGUUGGACAGAGCAAGUGGUAAUCAUCCAACAAUGAUCGGGCCAAUGUUAAUAAGCCAAACCAAGUCUUUUGAUGCGUACAAUAAUUUCUUCAGCAAGAUGUUAAGCUUAAACAAGGAUACGCGAGGUAUCUUAGCCUUUGGUACUGAUGGCGAGGAGGAAUUGUAUAGAGCAAUGAGAUUCAGUUUCCCACAUGCAAUCCACCUGCGAUGCUUCACUCAUUUCCGCGACAACUGCAAGGAGCAACUGAAGUCCUCUAGAGUACCUGAUGAAGCACAAAAGGAGAUUCUAGCGGAUAUAUUUGGACGCCGAGUUGGUGACACAUUAGAGAAGGGUACGUGUUUAUCGUUGAUAGUAUCAAAUAAAAAACUGCACGACAUGAACAGGGGCGCACAUUCGAAAAAAAUUUGGGGGGUGUCCUAUGUUCUGGGACCGACUUUUGUAGUAUUUGUGUUUGGUAAGAAAAGCCAACUAUUUAAAGCGCAUAGACGGUAAGACGGGGAUAGUAUUCCAAAAGUUUAAAUAAACGUUCAGUUUUUCAGAACUUUUGCAGUGGUCUAAACUUUCGGAUGGGGGGCGGGGGCAAAAUUUUUAUGGAUUUCGAAUGCGAGCGCCGUAGGCGCGAGGAAAAUUUUGAAUUUCUAGAUUCAUUAGAACGCUAUUUCACGUAUUUUAGGACGAGGUUUGAAGAAAAGUUACAACCACAAAAAGACAUUUUUAAGUCGCCUAAUGUUGUUAGAUCGAAAAAAUAUUUAUGUAAAACAUAGUAUUGUACACGCAAAUACAACAGCAAAAUAGCAUCAUGUCUUCGUUUUUGUAGAAGUCGGUCAUGAGUAUCGCCUUGAGCGCAAAUUCAAGUUCAAAUGUGCUUUAAAGCAACCAUAAGCAUUUUUUACUGGAGUUAGGAUUCUAGGUAGGGAAGACUUCAACUUUUAUUGGCAAACAGAAGAGAUGGGUAUCAUUAUUCACACAUCGUACCCCCACCCCAAUUUCUGCCCGGAUUUCAGCUUUCCACAAGGGCUGUCCUUAUGCCCAUUGCAGAACCCCCCGAGCCCCCAUCUUGGCUACGCCGCUGAUUUACUUCUGCCUUCCAAAGUUUCAGCUUUUACGACAAGGCUAACAACGAACAAUUUUAACUGCACCGCGGGGGCUUGAGGUAAUCGGAUCGCAUUACGUUGGUUGAACUGUUGCAACACGGAAGUUGAUUAUUUGCUCUCUUGAGUGUGUCAGUGAACUCUAAUUUGUGUAUGUCUAAUUCGUUUUUCUUAUGUUUAUGCAUGCAACUUCCAUUUCCAGAAUGUCCACCUAUUACUUUUUUCGACACAAAAUGAUAAUAUCUUUCAGAUUUUAGCCGGACCGACUUUUUCGUCCCAUUCAGAUUUUGGGACCGACUUUUCACCCCAGAUAUAUUUCACAAAACAUGGGGUUGCCCCCUCCCCCCUAAUGUGCGGCCCUGGACAUGAAUUAAAGAAAUCAAAGGCCACAACCGCAAGCCCGCGCAGAAAUUUUAUACGUGGUUAUACUUGCAUGAACCCCGUUCACCUAGACCGGUGCACAGAAUGGUUUUAAUUAUAUUCUUGAGAUAAAGAAGGUAAUUGUUCUAACAGACUCAGUCACGUAUUUACCUUUCUAUAGGGCUACUUGAUGCUGACAACCCUGACGAGUUUCGGGAGAGAUUGAGCUCUGUAAAAGAAGUGUGGGACUCAAAAGAACAAGAAUAUCUUCCAGCUGGUGUGACUCCUAAGUUUCACAAUUACAUACUCAGCAAGGUGAGAUAAACCACAAUGAUUGUACAAUAAAAAAUGCAUAAAUGACACACAAAUCUUUGGCAUAUAAGGGUGCGUGUGUUUGUUGUUUCAAUCUUUAUAAAAUGCCAGGUUAAUGCCAUAAUUAAUGCUCUGCCACUCAUAUUAUACCCGUGCAUUGUGUAUGUAAAUAUAUGUUAAAACUUUAUUUAAUUAAGCACGCUACCCUCACUACCAACAGAUGAUUAAAAACUCAAAUAGAUUUUACAUUCAUAGACAUAUUACAGUACAUAUGAUUAAACACGUACACAUGGACUAUAAGAUAGGUACAUACUUAGGUUUCGGCUCGCAUUUUUCUCCGAUAGUGGAUGUCAGAUCGACAGAUCAUUGAAUCAUAAUAUACUUUAAUCAUAAUAAUUUUGAUUAGUACUGUGUUAUUAAGCCUUUUGCGCUCCGCGUAUUCGACUUUUCCGCUUAGCUCGGGGAAAACCUUAAAUCUUAAUUAAAAUAGCUGUGUACUGUAUGUAUCAUGUACAUUGUACAGUAAUGUGCGUAGUUGUAUAGCCCCAGCGAGUUAACGCUCCGUAGAGCGUCUUGUUCAAUUAAGGUUGUCCUCCGAGCAAAGCGGAAAAGUCGAAUACAAGCGCGAAAGGCUGCUGGGUAUCGCUAAUAAACGAAUGAAUUUAUUAGCGAUUCCCAGCAGCCUUUCGCGCUCGUAUUCGACGUUUCCGCUUUGCUCGGGGGACAACGUUGAUUGAAAUAGCUGUAUAUAUUUAAAUUGAAAAGAUAAAAGAACAGGUUGAUAUUGCCUGACUCAAUAUUAAGCAUACAUAUCUCUCACGUCAAUCUCUUGAAUUAACAGUUUACCCAUGGGCGUACCGGAUGGAAAAAAUUAGGGGGGCGGCAAGAAAUUUGCCCGACUUUUCUGGAUUUUGCCCGACAAGUACCCCCCUCCACGUCGCCAAAAAAAUUUCGGUCAGUGUACCAUUUUAGGGGUCAAAAAUUUUUUCCAGACAUGCCAUAAUUGUCCGGAACCUACAAAAUUUUGGGAAAUUUCACAAAAUUUUCCGCAAAAUUUACAGAAUUUGUCCCAUUUAUUUUUUUAAUUAACCAAAAUUGCCCGACUGUUCAGCGAAUAUUGCCCGACUGCCCAAAAAACUGGGGGGGCUACCGCCCCCCCCGCCCCCCCCCCCGCCUGGUACGCCCAUGAGUUUACCGACGUAGCAUGCAGUCACAUUUAUUUAUCACACUUAUUUUUUUAUGCUUUUUUAUUGAAUACAAUCAUCGAAAAAAAUCGCGUGUUUUAAGCGGCUGCAUUUUCACGAAACCUACAGUAACAGUAUAUAAUUUAUAGCCAAUUUCUAAACCACUUGAUAAUUAUGAAAACAAAUCCACCUGGCCGAAGCGCACUCGUAUUUAUGUUUACGUAAUAUACAAGUACUAUGUUUUCACAAUACCUUACAGUACCUAAUUUAACGCUUUGUAGGAACAAAUGCUAGUUCAGUGCAUGUUAAAAGACGUCCGUCGACAUGCUGGUUUGGGUGACCCUCCUGAACCAUUUUACAACAACGUGCCCGAAUCAGCAAAUGCAUUGAUUAAACGUGGUGUCAAUUUCAAAGAGAAUGAGAUGAGUAAAUUCUGUCAGGAAAUGAGCGUUUUGGUGCUUAGACAAACAGAAGACGUGGAAUCUGCCAUCAUCAAUCAUGGUCCGUAUCGUCUAGCUCCGAAGUUUUCUGAUUUGGAGCUUUCAGCUGAUCAAUGGUUUAAGAAAAAUUCCCAUCAAAAGGAAGCCUAUGUCAGAAAAUUUCACAACGCCAAAAUGUCCCCUCUUACCGUCGACAGCUCAUCCAUACAACCGAGUGCAUCAAUAACAAGCCGGCAAACGCAGCCGGUCGAAAUUUCUACCGACCUGACAAGCGUUGGUAUAACCUCAGCCAGCUCAACUACCCUAGAGCACGUUUCAGCAAAAGCCAAAGUAUUGCUCAACAAGGUUGAUGCAAUUAUCCAGGCACCAACUGCAGACGGGCAAGCAUACAUGGUCGAGAGUGAAACAAUGGCAAAACCUCAUUACGUCUCCGUUGCUAAGAAUGGCAAAGUUACGUGUACUGAUUGUCCCGGGUGGAGCGCUUUUAAAAUAUGUUCGCAUUCUCUGGCUGUGGCCGAAAAAACGGGUAGAACAGCUGACUACGUGAAAUGGCUGCGUGGAAAGGGUCCACAACGCCCAAACCUAACGGCUCUAAUAACCUGCGACAGUGGCAAAGGCGUUGGGAAAAAAUCAAGACAGACAGCGACUGCAAGGAGGAAAGUUGGCCGAAGCUCGAAUAACGCCCCACCAACCACAGUUGUCGACCGCCUACAAUCACGUCCCACCACCACCAGUGCAUCCAUAAAUCCGCCAUUAUCUAACCCCGCGGAGGUUUCUUCUCAAUCAUCACUUCCUGGAGGAUCAACCAACCCACAACGUAUCCAUGGACGGUUUUACCAGUGUACGAACGGUUUUUACAGUGUUCCAAAUUUUGAUGUACAGCCGCCACAUCACCAACCUACAUCAAAUAACCAGCAGUUGCAAGAUCUUCAACCUUCAAAUGACGUACGGCCGUCAAUGGUCUACCCGAUCUACAGUGCAAUGCCAUUCUCUAGACCAUUGGAGGGAAUAUAUGUUCAGCUGCUGCAGUUAUGCUCACCUCUAGUUCGAACAUGCUUUGGCUGCUCCCAGUCACUUAAACCUCAUGGGGCAAUUGCCAUAGAGCCGUACGAUCUGGUAUUAGUGACAAAGAUGAAUAGGGAAUGGCCAGAUAAGAUUACAGGAGAGAGACGCCAGAGUUUCCAGAAUGUGUACUUUCACAUAAAUCUCCGCUGUAUUAAAAUGAAGCAGCCCUAUUUCAGUCCACGAAUGGUGACAACACCCGAUUCAGUUAGAGCACAUGUAACUCCUGUGCAUACACAUUUUCUAACAGAGUUUGGUAUAAUAAUUUAA